GCCCGAAUAACACGUCAUGUUCCAACUAUGAGAAAGGAAUCCACCCUCUCCUCGUAUCGGACGGUAUCUACGCCAUAGCUGGAGCCUUUAACAUGAGCCUCUCUAUGGGUAUCCCCAUAACCCGCGGGGCUCUCCUGGCUAACUACAGCUACGGAGCAACAUUCAGAGGUCUAGUUCAUGACAUAGAGCUGGACGAGAAGGGAACCCGGGUGGCCCAGUUCAUGCUUCACAACAUCAACAACGGUUGCUACGUGCCCAUCGCCAGGACUGAGCCUGGAGGUUCUGGCUUGACCUUCCUGGGCAACGUUCCUGUGUGGCCUGGAGGAUCCACCACGCCCCCUGCCGGCCAGGACGCCUGUGGCUGGUACAACGAGCGGUGCCAGUCAGAUGGCGACAAUGUGUCCAUCAUCAUUGGCUCUUCAGUUAGUGCCUUUCUAGUUCUCGUUACCACCGUCAUCGGUGUUUUCAUCUACUGCUUGUGGAGAAAGAAUGCACGACACAAUCGCCUGCUGUCCACAGACUGGCUUCAGGACUGGGAGGACAUUAAAUGGAGAGUCGUCGACCCUUUUUACACGCUGGAGCACUCGGCCUCGAAUUACUCCAUCUACCGCGGGUCCACGUGCAGCCUGCGGUCUGACGUAAGCGCUGGCACUGGCCAGGGUUCCCGCCACGCCGGUGUGACGUCAUACAAGUGUCCGGUUGUCCGGAUGGACGUGGAGGGUGUCUGGACGAUGAAGACGAUACGGAGGAUUACCGUGUCUCUCACUGACAGUGUUAAAAGGGAGCUGAAUUUGGUCCGUGCCCUGAAGCACCCAAACAUCAACGCUUUCAUGGGCGCAUGCGUGAAGCCGGGUCACGUGAGCCUCAUGUGGUCCUACAGUCCCAAGGGAAGUCUCCAAGACCUCCUGCAUUCGGGCAUCUUCAAGAUGGAGCUCAUGUUUCAGCUCUCGUUUGCUCAAGAUAUCGCUAAGGGCCUGGCCUAUUUGCAGAACUCCGAGCUGCAGGUUCAUGGCCGCCUCAAGUCCUCCAACAUUGUCGUGGACAGCGGGCUCACGUGCAAGUUGACCGACUUGGAUACUCCCAGGUUCCGGGAGGGGGAGAUGGACCUGCCGGAGACUGACCCCAACUUUUGUUCACAGCACGUGUGGACGGCGCCGGAGAGGCUGCGAGAGCCGGGACAGCCGCCAACCGCCCGCCAUGACAUGUAUUCCUAUGGUAUAGUGCUGUAUGAGAUCAUGCUGAAACGACGCCCUUACGUCACAGAGGGACAUCUGAGGGAUGGGAAGGAGCCCGAUUGGCGAGCUGUGGUCACAUUUAUCCGUGAGCCGGACAGAUAUCAGCAACACCUACUGUCCAAUCAGGGAAGCCCUACUAUUCCUGGGUCCGGUCAUGUGAUCCUUGAGGAAGAGGAGGAGGAGGGGGAAGAGAGGAGCGGAGAUGACGUCAGCCAGCAGUACAAUGAGAGAGCGCCUCUUCACGGUCACCUGAUCUUAUGCCAUGGUCUUCCUCCUGCCUCGCCGGCCGUUACGACUUCGGAGUUUCUAAAAGAAUCUUCAGAGACCCCCAGCAUUACAAUAUCAGGAGCUACUUACCACAGAGAAAACAAGAACUCUGAUACUAAUAAAUCAACUCAAAAAUGUCAGAGGUUAAACCAACGGAAUUCUCAAGUGAACCCAAGCACGAUAGCAAUUGAUAACUCUGCGAAAGGUCAACACUUCGUGCCUACCUUGAAUGGAUUGCAGAAGCAAUUGCAGCAUCACCAUCAACUGAAACAACAACAACAACAGCAAGAACAACCGUUUCAACAUCAUGAACAACAACAGCAACCACUUUAUCUUCAUCAACAAUUAGACCAACAGCAACUAAUACAGUCACAACAGCAACUUGAUCAAAAUACGGGCAACCCAGAAACGCUUUCAGAUGAAAUCGAGAGAGGAUCCGGUCGGAAAUCUAUGCCUCAGCUGCACCGCUCACGUUCUGACCACGCCAGGGGUGAGACAAGUGCUCAUUGCACUCCCCGACACAGAACGUCUAUUGGCCCAACAGGACUUGUCAUGCCUGAAAUUAACGUAUCAAUCGCAGAUCAUGUGACGUCAGAAAGCAAGAACGACUCCGGACGAGGUGGAAAGACAACUGGAGAACCCUUCAGUAACUACGUACAAAUAAUAUCCGGGCAAGAAGCGAACCCUCGCCGUGGCGACCAGAUGACGACUGAGCUUUGCUCCUCACCCGGACACGACAGUUUGCAAGGCAGCCCAGCCGUGACGUUCCGUCCUUGCAACACGGGACCAUCCUCUCCCCGCCCUCGGUCUUCCAGUGCCGCCGCUCCUGUCGCGGGGUCUGCUCUAUCCGCCGUGCCUGAUCGCGCCGUGUACAAAAACAGACGAUCCUUCGGCUGCCACACGGCGUCCAUCAGCCCAAGCCCACAACAGCAGCAACAGCACCAACAGCUUUAUGACAGCGAUAACAAACACGGCUCUCACCCUUUGAGCCACCUUCACGCUCGCAGCAGUCUCAGGUUCCACCACUGCGGUUCUUGUACGCCGCCUCUGAGAACACAAAGCGGCGACCAGCAUUGCAAACACGACCACCACCAGCCCAACGAAACGAUGUGUUCGGAGAAUCAUUCCAAAGUCCUUCGCCCAGAAAUUCCGCACAGGCUGAAGAAUCUCGCACUCUUUACAACACGGAAAGCGAGCAGGGACGUGAUUUCUUUCGGUCGCAGGAAGUCGGGAGAAGGAAGUUUCCGGAGAUGGAUUGAUGGAGGAGGUACUCGUGAGCCGAGCCAGAACGGAAGUCAAAUGAUGGGCGUGGCCGGAAGUCAGAAAGACGAGAUGAAAAGUGAAGAAGAGACCGAGUCUAAGAUGGUGGAGCUCAUGCAGCUGUGCUGGGCGGAGACACCCGAAGCACGUCCGACUGCUGACGUCAUACUGAAGAAACUGCGAGGAAUCACUUCUGGCAGAUCCCUGUCCGACAAGAUAGAGCAGAUCAUGAGCCGGUACAGCGAGCAGCUGGAGGAAACUGUCAACGAGAGGACGCGCUGUCUAGAGGAGGAGAAGGCCAAGUACUUUCGGGUCCUCUGUGAAGUCAUUCCGCAAAAAUUCGUGGGCUCGCUUGUCUCUGGAGGCCGUGUGGAGGCGGAGUCGUUCUCUGACGUCACCAUUUUCUUCAGCGAUAUAGUGGGCUUCACCAGCAUUUGCGGCCAGUGCUCGCCUCAGGAGGUUCUGGAUUUCCUCAAUGACCUGUACACUCGGUUUGACGUCAUACUCAACAGUUACAACGUCUACAAGGUGGAGACAAUAGGUGACGCCUACAUGGUAGCUGCGGGUAUCCCAGAGCCCAUCCCGGAGCACGCGAGUCAGAUAGCUCUGAUGGCCCUCCAUUUACUCAGUGCCAGCGUGCAUGUGAGGGCGCCAUGGGUGGAUGAAACUGGCGCGAAAACGACGCAAUGUCUCAAGCUCAGGAUUGGGCUUAACUCUGGUCCUGUCGUGGCCGGCAUUGUGGGUGAGAAGAUGCCUCGUUUCUGUCUCUACGGCAACACAGUCAACAUCGCCUCUCGGAUGGAGUCUAACGGACUACCUCUCCGAAUCCACAUGAGCAAAGAGACCGCCAAUGAAUUGGAGGCUAUUGGCGGUUUCAAUAUCUCAUACAGAGGCCUUAUUUCUGUCAAGGGCAAAGACCAACCAGUCCCCACCUACUGGUUGUUGAAUUCCAAGUUACGUCCCUUCGAUCUCCCAGACUGGACCGAAGUGAACAAAGGCUGACAGAGCCCUGACGUAAUAAGCCCCAGCUUUGUGCAUGCCUUUCGUUACCCAUAAUACCCAGUAUACAUUGCAGAAAGUUUUGUCAAAUCCCUAUUUUUGGGGUGUGAUGACCAAAUGGGUCCCUUCUCAGAUCCCCGCUCUACGUACAAAGACAGCUUACAGAUGUAAUACUAGAAAUCUAAAAGUUGGGUUGGUACAAUUUGAAAAAUGGCAUCAGUUUAAAAUCUCCAAAUUUAAUGUGUCUGUUUUCAAACAACAUCUCCAUUCGUGGAUUGCGAGAAGUAACUCAUAAUUUGUCAACACGCCUCCCACUAAUUGAAACCAUUUGAUACAUUUAAUGACUGCCAAAUUUCCUUUCAUCGAGAUGAAAAUAGCCUACUAUGAUUGGCAUAAGUUUACCUCUUUCUCCCAAAUUAAAUAUGUUGACAUUUCGUUAUCUCAGAAUUUCAAAGUUACUGGCCGUUUUGAAUUACUAAGACCUCGAAAUCAAAAACCAAAUGUUCUAUGUACUCUAU